CAACAAGAACCAUGCUGGCAUUUUUGACGCUCAAGCGCGGCUCGAGUCCAUGUUUGUAUUAGCGUCUUCCCUUUCCUUCGUGUCUGCCUUUCCCGACUCUUUGGAUGUGCUGCUCUGAACACACCGCCGCAGCACGCACUGCAAAAAUACUUCUGAACUAGAUCUCCCCAUCGAGGCUGCUCUCGCCUUGCACGAUCCGCCUAGAUUUAUAUCCCACCUUAUUCCUUCCACCAGUCAUCACCACCACCACCACCACCACCCAGGUACUUCAUAACCACCUAUCCCUCGCUCUCACCUCCAACCCAAUCUGCCUUCUGUACUUGCUUCCUUCUUCUCAAUUCUUGUAUUCUUCGUCGUUCGUUUCAACAUGUCGCCCCGAGACCAACCUACCCCGCCCUUCAAUUCACCGUACCAGCAAGCUAUGAAGACAACCACAUUGCUACACUCACCGGCUUAUCCCUCGCCAGCUCGAAGUGAUUCUGAGUCGUCAAGGUAUCCGACUGAUGGUCUUGGCCUUUACAACUACUCUCAAUCAUUUCCUGUUUCUGGGCCACCAGCAGGCUCGGUUCUUUACCCACCAUCUCCUCAACCCACUGAAUCCUGGACGCAUCUCACUACAGGCACGUCUCCCCUCAUGUCUGAAGCUCCAGCAGAUCCCUGGCCAGUGACGACAUACGAACCUCCGGUAUCUCGGUCCCCACUACCCUGGGCUCCUCACCAUGCAUCCCAUCGCUCUUCAUUAUCAUCGACUCGGGAUAUAUCUAUCUUCUCACGAGAAAGUUCUGCGCACGCUUAUCCCCAAAUAAAGCUCGAGGGGGGCUCUGAAUGGGCAACUGACGAGGAGCCAUCGUCUGCCCAACGCCAUCAUCCAUUAACCGUAUCUCCAGAUCGACUUACAACCGGCAUAUUUCCGUAUGAUCAAGCCUACGAAUCACCUCCAAUGCCUAAAUUUGAAGUCUCGCCCGACGACACCUUUGAAAGUAGGGAAUUCCAGCCAAUGCCAUUUGAAGGACGACCGAGAAGCCAUCGUGGGAGUGAUAGUUCAACUAGCAUCACAGCACGGACAAGGCUUAGAAGGAAUCCCACAACUCAGGAGAAUGCCAAUUUCUCGUGUGAUGUCUGUGGAAAGCUGUUCCAGAGAAGCUACAACCACAAGACCCACAUGGAAAUACACAACCCGUGCCGAAGGAAGGAACACGUAUGCCAAUAUAAGGAUUGUGAUAAGCAAUUUGUCCGUAGGACUGACUUAGACCGCCACACGAAUGCCGUUCACCGCAAGCUGAAGAUCUUCAAAUGUGGAAGAUGCGGCGCUCAUUUUGCUCGAAAGGACACGCUUCGGCGACACGAAGAGGACGGCUGUCCCAAGCGAAACGAAGUUCUAUCACGACGCACAUCUAUGCGGACUGGACCUAGUGCUAGAAUGCCGUACUACCACCCCCCUCAGCCGGAUAUGUAUGACACACGAUCACCGCCCCUGUUCCGGGACGACUGCUUCCCUGGCAGUCCAAUCGACUACAAACUGUAAGAGUAAAGGCUGGGUGGAGAGUUCGCUGCCGGGCAACGGCGGAAUUCCGGCAUUGGAUUGUCUGACGUGCAGGCAUGUACUAUGUAGCAUUGGGGUCCGAACAUGGAGUUCUGGGAAUUUAUGGAGUCUGACAGGAGAAUGAGCAUUUUCGGCGUUUUCGAGCGCCCGGGUGUUCCGGGCACAAUAGACAGGCUGCUGGGGCGACUUAGGAGGCCACAUGGGGCGUGUUGGCUUUAGAUUCGCACGAAUGUCAA